AUGUUCUUCCCAAUCCUGGGUCUGGCUCUGGUCCUUCUCUUCGAGUUUGCCAAUUCGAAUAAUCUGCAAGGUAGAAAGCUUGAAGAACUCUUUUUCAAAAUUUUGCAACAACAGCCAAGAAUCCCAUAUAUUCCCGAAAGGGUGGGCUACAUACCUUCUGUAGAUACACAAGGAUAUUAUGGACAAGGACCGUUUCAGAAAACAAACGAUCAUAUUUACAAAUGUGUCAACCCGGGCAGUGUUGCACUCACUUUUGACGACGGUCCCUCUUCAUUUACAGAAGCCUAUUUAGAUCUUUUGAAAACUCGAAAUGUAAAGGGAACUUUCUUUGUCAUUGGGAUUAACAUCAGAUCCUCAUACGAAAGCCAUCUGUUAAAAAGGAUGAUCUCAGAAGGCCAUACUGUGGGAUCACAUUCCUGGUCUCACCCUUCGCUUCCAAGCCUCUCAAAAGGAGAGAUUCUCAAAGAAAUCGUCAGGACAGAGAAGGCGAUAUACUCGAGUAUUGGAAAAGUCCCGGCACUCUUCCGGCCGCCAUAUGGUGAGUAUGACGAAAGGGUCAACCACAUUUUAAAAAAAAGGGGCUACAAGUCGAUCCUGUGGAAUCUCGACACAAAAGAUUGGUCGGUUAGGUUCUAUGACCCAUCUUUGAUUUUGAGCGAAUAUAAGAAUGUAUUAAGCCAAGCAGAUCCACACUCUACAUCAUGGAUUGCUCUCCAACAUGACUCCUAUGAUGCUUCCUUGAGAUAUUUGCGAAGAAUCAUUAGAAACAUCAGGAAAAAUGGAUUUAGAGUUGUCGAUAUGGCCGAAUGCCUCGGAGUAGAUCCAUCUUCCUUAUAUCAUGACUACUGGGAUAACUACCCAAAUUCUGAAAUGUAUUUCAAUAACAAAGAUGUGGAAAUGCAGAGCUUUGAUCAAAAAAAAAUCAAUCGAGAUCCUCAUUUCAACAUUGGAUAUCCUCAUUUGGACACUGGAUAUUCUCCUCAGCUACAAGCAAACAGAAAAAAACGCAGUAUAGGCAAUUCUUCCAAGAAAAUCUCCAGCCAGUUAGACAGCCUCUCGAAGCAUUCUAUUCACAGCAAGGAACAAGACACCGAUCCAGAAUCAAAGUCAAAGAAAGUAAACCAUAUUGGUUUGGAACACAAAAAUAUGGGGUUCGAACCGAUUAAUGGGAAUUAUUCGACUCAAAUAAAAAAGGAAGUAGUCACGCUGAAUUCGUUCUCAAGAAAGUGA